AUGAAGACUAGCGGGAAGAAGCAGACCCGCAACAAUUCAGCGGUUGCAUCGAUCUUCUCGCAGGCGGGCAAAAGCUCUGAGCGGAUCCUUGUGGAAGACCCUGAAGAAGAGGCGUCGGAUGCCUCCCUGUCAUGUUCCGAUGACACUGCCCACAUUCUCCAUCAGAUGCGGGUGGAUAAGUCUUACCCUGCAGAGGCAAUCGCGUUGGGCACCCAAGCCCUGAAGGCUGACAUACAGGCUAUUGGGGUUCGUACAGCGGAGUUGGAGGCCCUCGUGGAACAGGCCGUGCAGGCUCUCAACAAUGUGGAUGACACCUGA